CCUACCCAUGCUAGCUCUCUCUCUCUCUCUCUCUCUCUCUCUCUCUUUUUUUAACACAAUAGGCUCCAUGUCUAGUUCUGCUGGAAGGGAGUCAGAUGUAAUGAAUAUUACAUAAACCAUCUCACCUGGGCUGCUGCUGUUGCUGCUGUUGCUGCUGCUGCUGUUGCUGUUGUUUCUGCUCCCUAUGGACAGGCUACUUCUAGGUGCCUUCAUCUCAAGGAGAACUUCUACCUGUGGACUAAAGGGGGAGAGGAGGAGGAAGAGUGGCAGAAGCCUGGAUGGGAGACCAGCAUGCCUGAUCUGGUAGGGCUCCAGCAAUGGAGCUGUGGGGGAUUUUUGGCUGCUCCCUUAUGAUUGCUCUUAUAGUGGCUGCUGCGCUGUCCAACGGGAUGGUGCUGAUCUGCUUCCUGGGCUGCGCUGACAUCCGAGGGCAGGUGCCCGGCUUGUUCACUCUGAACCUGACUUUGUGCAACCUCCUGCUCACUGCCAUCAACAUGCCCCUGACGCUAGUGGGCGCUGUGCGCGGCCACCAGCUCGGAGGAGAAGGGCUCUGCAGGGCUGUGGGCUUUUUGGAAACUUUUCUGACCUGUAACUCCAUGCUGAGUAUGGCAGCCCUGAGCAUUGACCGCUGGGUGGCUGUAGUUUUCCCUCUAAGCUAUCAAUCCAAGAUGAGAUACCAAGAUGCUGCAGUCAUUCUUCUCUAUUCCUGGAUCCACUCCUUGUCCUUCCCAACGGUGGCCAUAUGUCUGUCCUGGGUGGGCUUCCACCACUCCUAUGGCUCCUGCACCCUCCACAACAAGAAUCCAGAAGAGGGGACUUCUUUCUUUACUUUCAUGGUCCUGUUCCACCUGCUCAGCUUCUUUGCGUCUUUCCUGGUGCUAUGUGUCACUUACCUGCAGGUGCUGAAGGUAGCUCGGUCCCACUGCAGAAGGAUCGAUGUGAUCACAAUGCAAACCCUGGUCCUGCUGGUAGAUCUGCACCCCAGUGUCAGACAGAGAUGUCUGGAGGAGCAGAAGAGGAGGAGGCAGCGAGCAACCAAAAAAAUCAUCACAUUUAUCGGGACAUUCCUGCUCUGUUUCACGCCAUAUGUUAUCACCAGGUUGGUUGAGAUCUCUCCUUCCACCUCCAUCAGUUGUCAGUGGGGUGUGAUCAGCCGGUGCUUGGCCUACAGCAAAGCUCUGUCAGAUCCAUUUGUAUACUGUCUGACUCGAAAUCAAUAUAAAAACUGUUGCCGGGACAUGGUCAACAAACUCCUCAAACGUAGUUCUGGAAACUCUGUACAAAGGGCCAAUUCUUAUGUAGGAAACAUGGUACCAACAACCUCAGACUAAUGGCACAAGAAAAACUCUUAAAAAACCAAAAUGACCAGGGACCAUUGUCUCUCUACAAAUACGAGAUGUGUUAUACAGGAAGGACAGCUUUAUACCUCCCACCUGCUGUAAUGUAUUGCCUUAACUUAUUACGAGGGGUUUGAUUGCUCUUAAAGCCUCAAGGUGGCUCCAUCAAGAGCGACCGACUCUUAUUUCCUGAGAGCUCUACAAUUCCAUCUUAAAACUAAUUUUAGAGAUGAAAAGAAAAAUUUGUAUCUUAAUGAAUUAUUGAAUUCAAGGUAAGGAAAGGGUCGGUAGAUCAUAAGGAGAUUGGAGCCAUUGCUGAGCAGAUGUUGAUCUGAUGAUCUUAUGACAAUCAUGUAUAUAAAUAGAUGUCACAUAUUUGGAAAAAGUGGUGAUAUUUUACUAUUUAAACCUUAACUCGUCAAUGAAAAAUAUAAAUGUUUCACUUUUUUUUAUGAAAAAAUAAUAAAACAUAUCCAUCGGGUGUUCUAACAUGGAUAAGCCUCAUAUGAAAUGAAACCUGCCCCAAUGUGGGAACAGCAUCAGAUUGAUAAGGCCGCAGCCUCAACAAGGAGCAAUGAUACAAUGACUGGUUAAAUUGUAGUUUAAUAUUUGGCUGGUUGAAUAUCAAAACCAUUCAACAACUAGUAGGGUCUUUUCUUCAGCAGUUGGUAAAAGGUUUGGAAUUCCCAUACUUAGAAUUGUUUUACUUUGUAGCAAAUUCACAAAUCCCAGCUACGUCACAAAACUAUGUUUAAUAGCUGAUCAUUCUGGGUUAGGUUCUAGAUUAUGGAAUUACUUUACAGUGAUCCCUCAACUUACAAUGGCCUCAACAUACAAUAGUUUCAACAUACAAUGGUCUCUUCUGGACCAUCGUAAGUUGAAACCAGACUCAACACACAAUGUACAGACAGUCCAGAUCUGUGAAACUUGUCAAUGGCCGAGAGAACUGACCAAUCAAAAUGGGCAUUCACUGGUAAAACCCCUGUAUUACUAAAGUGUAUGCACUGACUGGUGUCUGGUAGUGCCCCCUACAGUACAGGGAGGUACUACUGGUUCUUUAUACUUUACCUGCUCCUUUGGACACCAGGUGAGGGCGACUCCAUUACUUUUUUAGGACACUGUGUACUGUAUAGGAUCCUGAAGAAGCUCCUGUCCUCUACAUAGACCAGUUUUUCCCAAGCAGGGUGGCCCCAGCUGUUGCAAAACUACAACUCUCAGCAUGCCCGGACAGCCAACGGCUGUCCGGGCAUGCUGGGAGUUGUAGUUUUGCAACAGCUGGAGGCUCCCUGCUUGGGAAACACUGACAUAGACAGUGAUUUACAGCUCCCAGCAGAUCUUUUCUUCUAUUAUAUGUAAGGAUUUGCUUUAUCUAUAUUAGUUAUCUACUUAUUUUUCUUUAAUUCUCACUUUUUCCUAUUUUUGGAUGACAUUUUGGGGCUUCAGAACCAAUUACCAGGUUUCCAUAGAGUCCUGGUCUCAACAUACAAUGGUUUCAACAUACAAUGGUCCUCCUGGAACCAAUUAAUAUUGUAACUUGAGGGACCACUGUAUUUGUCUUUCGAAAACAAAUUCCAACAUAGAUCUUAAAAUGUUAAUUCUUCUGAAAGUAAAAGGGAAAGUGCCUACAGAACUCAUAAAGUUAUGCACUUGGUUAAUUGACUGAAAGCAUGAGCCCAACAAGUUGAGAGUCAAUUAAAACAAUGGAAAAGGUUAUGGAUUCUAGAAACACAGGAUAUAAAAGGAAAACAUAUGGGUAGAGCAAGACAGAAAUCAUCAGGAUGAAGAACUCAAAGUAAGGUUUUUGACCGAACAGUAAGAAGUAUUGAAAUAAUGAAAACUAUCACUAACAUCCCUAACGUGAGGCCUGGAUAAAAGUGAUAACUUGAAGGAAGAGAUCGCAGACGGCACUCACGGACACAGCAAGAAGUUU